AUGGGUGGUACUGUGAGGGAGAAGCAUGUGAGAGCGAACCGGAAGAUUCGAUCCGCCUUGAAAUCCGGAGUCGAUCCGUGUUGUUUGCUCGACAGGCUUGCCGUAUCGAAAUCGAUGGUUGAGUCGAGCCUCAAAAACCUGGUUUACCAUCCGGGUCUCACUGGCUCUGGUCCAUGUCCAGAGCCCUGUUGCGUCCACUCGAACCCUAGCGGGAAAUUCGAGGAGAACGUGUGGGGCUAUUGUACGGAGGAGCAUUUGGAAGAGAUUCUGCUGAAGCAUUUGGAGUUUUUGUACAGCCAAGGUGUUUCGAAGCUCAUCGAUUUGGGUUAUGAGGAUGGUGUUGCGUUGAAGGCGGUUCUAAGUAAUGGCCAUUGUUAUGGUGAAUCGGAUGUUCUGACGAACAUAGUGAACAAUUCGUUAUCUUAUCUGAAUAGCAGCAGCGGUGGAGGAGGAGGCUGUGGCGGCGGCUGCGGUAGUGAUGAUCAUCAGUCAGAGGCUGGUUUUACGGAUUUGAGAGAUUUGGAAGAGUAUUCACUCGCUGGUAUGAUAUAUUUGCUGCAACAAGUUAAGCCUAAAUUGAGUAAAGGUGAUGCAAUGUGGUGUUUGCUAAUGAGUGAGCUCCAUGUUGGUAGGGCAAGUACUAUGGAUGUUCCGAAUUCAGGGGCUAGGGCUAGUUGUUGUGCUAAGGAAGAUAGCAAAGUAGAAGGAGUUGGUAGUAGUACUGUAGAUUUUGCUGGUUUUAUGGCUCCGGCUUUGUGUCGAUUCCAUGGUGGUUGGGAUUUUGAUAAAGGAGGAGGGCCUGAGUUUUCCGGUAAGGGUUUUUCGAUGAACAAUGCUGAGAUGAAACUGCAGAGAGAGAUUGUUUGUCCCAGGAGGUUUAAUCUCUCGCCGUCCAUGAAGUCUUUGUUGAAGCGGAAUGUUGCAGCGUUUGCUGCUGGGUUUCGUGCUAGUAUGAAGCAGAAGCAGAUAGAUUCUGAAACUAGUGGUAACAGCGUGGCUAGUACCAUUGAUCCUGCAAAUGUGGAGACUUGUGAGAAGCCGUGUAAGUCAGGGAGUGAAGAAAGUGUUAGCUUGGUGUUGGAGAAGUUCCGGGAUCUGAACCUUGAUGAUAGUCUUGAAUUGGUGGGUGAGGAUGAUAAGGAUGGUGUGAUAGUCACUCUGCUUCAUCAGGUCAAGGAUCUCGAGAAGAAGUUGAAGGAAAGGAAAGACUGGGCUCAGAAGAAGGCAAUGCAAGCUGCUCAAAAGGUCAGCGAUGAGCUUGCCGAGCUUAAAUCAUUGAGUAGCGAGAGAGAAGGAAUCCAGAUGUUGAAAAAGGGGAAACAAGCUGUUGAAGAAUCAACCUUGAAAAAACUAUCCGACUUGGAAGUCUCUCUUAGAAAAGCUCUUAGCCAGAAGGACGCAGCCACUACGGUUGUGAGAACGCUUGAGAAUCAAAACGCAGAACUCCGAGCAGAGAGAGAAGGUGCUAAACUAAGUGCGUCAGAGUCGCUUAAAGCGUGCAUGGAAGAAUCAAAGAAGGAGAAGAAAUGCUUGAAGAAGCUUUUGGCUUGGGAGAAGCAGAAACUGAAGUUGCAGGAUGAGAUUGCAGCUGAGAAAGAAAAGAUCAAGGCCUUUCAUAGGGAUUUAGCACAGAUCUCACAUGAUGAAAAGGAAAUUGAGGCGAAAUGGAGGCAAGAGCAGAAAGCAAAGGAGCAAGCUUUGGCACAAGUGGAGGAAGAGCAACGCUCAAAAGAAGCAGCAGAGGCACACAACAAGAGAAAGCUGGAGACUUUACGGUUAAAGAUCGAGCUAGACUUCCAACGACACAAAGACGACCACCAGAGACUUGAUCAAGAGCUCACUCGGCUCAAAGCAUCUUCAGAUACCGACUCAACGCACUUACCCAACAGCAUUUGGAGACCCGACAAGUCACAAGGAGAAAACAUCGCGAGGCUGCUCGAAGAACUCGAUAAGCUUGAAGGGUCUUACGAGAACGAAGCGAACAAUGAUCGAGAGUGCAUAAUCUGUAAGAAAGAUGAAGUCUCAGUGGUGUUUCUUCCGUGUGCGCAUCAAGUUGUGUGUGGUGGUUGCAGCGAUAGCUUCUUCUCGAGCAGUGGAAGCAAAGUCACUUGUCCUUGCUGCAGAGCUUUGGUCCAGCAGAGAAUCCGUAUUUUUGGAGCAACCUCUUGA